CACCCUCUCUCAUUCACCUUGCACACAUGUUACUAACCUCCUCAACAACUAACUUGCAUUUCUUCAAACUGUGAUAGUUCUGACACCUUAGCAGUUUGAAUUGGAGUCCGCAGCACAGGAUUCACUGCGGAGGUACUAUGUGUAGGUUCAUGGUAUACAAAGGGAAAGAUGAAAUCCUUUUAUCAGAGCUCAUCUUAAACCCAACGCACUCUAUCCUUACCCAAUCCUUCGAUUCGCGUCUUCGUCUUGACCGACGUCGCCCGCACAACGGUGAUGGCUUCGGAAUCGGGUACUACACGUCUCCCUCCCUUGGCCCUGAGCCAUGCGUCUUUACAUCCACUAUCCCCGCCUGGAAUUGCAUAAACCUAUCGCGCAUCGCUUCCAAGACCACGUCCUCCCUCAUCUUCGCCCACGUACGCGCCACCACUGAAGGAAACCUGUCAGACUCGAAUUGUCACCCUUUCACAUACAAAAGCCUGAUGUUCAUGCAUAAUGGGGGAAUCGGCUGUUUCAAGCAGAUCAAGCGCCGUCUCGCGAUGAGUCUCAACGAGCAGUGGUUUACCCUCGUUCAAGGCUCUACAGAUUCUGAAUGGGCGUUUGCUCUAUUUUUGGACUGCUUGGAUAAAGCGGGGCAUCGGCCGCAUCUGGAUCCUGGGAAAGGCGGGUUUGGACAUACGGUGUUAAGGAAGGCGAUACUGAAGACUAUUGAGCGGAUAAAUGGGUUUAUUAAGGAGGUGGUUGGUGAGGAUGGGGACGGGAAUGCGAUGAGGGGAGAGGACGCUCGGAGUUUGUUGAAUUUUGCAGUUACGGAUGGGGAGAGUGUGGUUUGUACAAGGUAUGUGAGUUCGAAGACGGAUGAGGCCGCGAGCUUGUUCUUCUCGAGUGGGACAAGUUGGAAGGAGUACCAGAGCAGUAAAGGCGUGGUUGGGGGUGGCGGUGGGGAACCAGGGCAGAAAGAUUAUGUCAUGGAGAGGAGGGACAAGGGUUCGGAUAUUGUUCUUGUGGCGAGCGAGCCUUUGACUUUUGAGCGAGACAACUGGGUUACAGUCCCCACAAACUCCACCCUGACCAUCUACAAGCAAACCGUUAUGAUCCACCCUAUUGUCGAUGAAUUCUACUCCAACAACCCGGCUCACAUUCGCUCCGCUGGCUUCGCCCAAGCUAAGGGGCAGACUAUCACUGGACCAGAUAAAAGAGUUAUUUCGCAGCCAGUAGAUGGCGCUAUGAGUGGAACUGAGACACCGGAUAGUGGUGUUCUUGGUGGUGGCGAAAGGGAGGUGGUUAGCGGGGCUAUUAGUCGGUUGAGGGUUGGAUGAGGAUGGGGUGGCCGGGGGUUAGUAAGGGGAAUGAUGACUGUAAGCCAAAAGUUUCCGCUUGUUGGCAAAUACCUUCAGUCUUGAGUUAGCAAGCUCUCUUCGACAGUUGAUAGUAAGAUUUGGAGAAUGGAAUUUCAGGGAGUUAAAGAGCGUCCUAGACCUUAUUUAUAUAUUACUGCAAU